CGUAUUAUUUGCCUUCAUUUUACUCCGCACGCAGCCUUAAACGGAUAAGCCAAAAAGAGAGAUGUUAGCACGACGGGGAAAAUAAACGUUUUAAGGCGCUCGCGUUAGCAGUUUUUUCCGUCCCCGAAACCUUCCCGGUCUCAACCUGAGCAAGAAGAAACUGGUAGCCCUCCAGCUACUGGUGCAACAUGGCCAAUGUUUUGAAACUCACAAUAGGCCAUCUAAAAAGAUGAGAAGCACCAACUGCUGCUUUCUAAUGAAUACCAGGAGGGUUCAAAUGACCGAUGCAGAGAAUUAACAAAAACGUAGUACUGGGCCUUCUUACUUUGACCAGUUCAAUCUUUCUCCUGUUCCAGUUGUACUAUUAUAAAUAUUAUCUCUCUCCAAAGAAUGGAGCGGUUUUCCCCAAGAUUAAAGGGAGCAAAGCAGGACAAGACAAUAGUCAAUGGCAUGUGGUGAGAAAAUUUCUGAAUUUGGUGAGCAGCCACAACAUAGUUGUGCAUCUGAUCGAUCCUCUCCUUUUGGAGCUGAUUGACCGAGACUUGGAGCAGCUUCAGACCUUCUCUGAUGGCAGUCGCUCAGAAUGCAAGUACUUCUGUACCCCACGGGAUUAUACCACCUUUGGACUACUGGACAAAACCUGGAAACUUGAAGUGGGCUUGUUUCAGGCUGCUGAGAGAAUGGGAUUCCAGUGGCUUAAACUUCAGAGUAAAGAUCCACGUUUGGAAGGCAUGGAGGAUCUGUCUGGAACAGAAGUCCCCCUGCAUUACAUCUUCAAGCAGGCAACUCAUGCCAUCCAUCUAGUCGUCUUCUAUGAGAGGAGUGGCAACUACCUCUGGCAUGGGCCGCUACGUCUGAAGCUACACAUGGACAGGGCAUUUGUGCCUUUCCAGAAGCUACACUUUGGACGCUACGCUGGAGCCUAUGACAAGAUGGCAUUACUGACUCUUUCCAUUGAUGGGUUAAUAGUCCAGGUUCCAAAAGAGCCGUCCAAGUUCCUCGAAGAAAGGUCUCACUCUCGAUUUGUUGAAUGUCGGUACAAAGAAGCUCGAUCAUUCUUCCAGCUGUACCCUGAUGAUACAUCUCCUGAGGCAAUGGAGUUCAGGAAAAAAGCCAAGGCAUUGCUGCAUCUUUCUGCUCUGACACUGAACAAUUUAGGAGUACAAUUCUGGCUGAGUAGCGGGACCUGCCUAGGUUGGUACAGACAGUGCAACAUUAUUCCUUACAGUAAAGACCUGGACUUGGGGGUUUUUAUUCAAAACUACAAACCAGAUAUUAUUCCAGCAUUUCAGAAGGCUGGGUUACCGCUAAAGCACAAAUUUGGCAAGUUUGAAGAUAGUUUGGAGCUGUCCUUCCAGGGAGGAGAAGAUGAAGUGAAGCUUGAUAUUUUUUUCUUCUAUGAAGAGGAUGACCACAUGUGGAAUGGAGGAACCCAGGCCAAAUCGGGCAAGAAAUUUAAGUACCUCUUUCCCAAAUUUACCCUGUGCUGGACUGAGUUUCUAGAACUUAAGGUACAUGUGCCAUGUGAAACCCUCCACUAUAUUGAAGCCAAUUAUGGUAAAGACUGGAAGGUUCCUGUCAAAGUGUGGGAUUGGAAAAAUUCACCCCCCAAUGUCCAGCCUAAUGGAAUCUGGCCGAUCAAUGAAUGGGAAGAAGUAAUUCAGCUCUACUGAUUUAUUUGUAAGAUGCUGGCAUCAGAAGAAUAUUUGUUGACAAUUGCAUCAUGUCUCACCUUGGAAUCAUCCGCAUUGGGAAGUUUCAUGGAUUUGCCACUGUUUCGAUGGUACAAUGCUUGUGGAAAUUGGUGCACUGCAUCAUGGCUGGGUCUGAAUUUGAAUGAGCUGCUGCAGCAGAAUCUAUGAAAUGUUAGCCUCAGUAGGCACAAAGCUAAGAAUUACCUGCGGCUGAUCAAACAUAGACACUACCUGAAUAGCUGGAAGCAAUCAGAUGGUGCAGCAGGCCUCCAAGCCCCCAUACCUGGUGAGGAGAGCAGAAAGCAAAGUGCAGACUUCAGUGAGUCUUCUUGUCAAGCAAGGGAGUAAAUUUCUUGAUCAAAGGCAGCUGGCUGCAGCCUGAUUACAAGGCAACUCAUUAUCCCUCAUUGGAAUAAACUGUCUGAUCUCCAGCUUUUGCGUGAUGUUUGUGUAAAAUUCUGCUCUUGAAAUUCUGACUUCUGGAUUGGCUGACAGCAUUGACCUGGCUCUUGGAACUCUGGACUGGAGUUUGACUGUUCUUCUGUCUGCUCAUGUUCAAGUAAACCUACGCAGGCAAGCUUCUUUCAGAGGCUCUAUUUCUGCAUUCCUUGUCUGCUGUUAUCUCCUCAACUUUAAGUAAAUUGCUAAUUUCCGUAACAACUGUGUGUUGGGAGUGUAUAAUUGAAACCAGAAACAGGACACACUGCUUCAGGAGUUUAUGCAGCUGAGGAUGGAAGAAUUAAAAAAACAAAACAUUUUGUAUAUAUGUAUGCUUGUAUGUAUGUAUGAAAAUUAACAGUAGUGGCUAUUUGGAUAUUUUGUUAAUGGCAAACAUGCUUACAGUAAAGGAAGCAACAUUCCAAAAACUGGGCAGAGAAGAUAUCCUGGCAGAUCAUUAUAAAAAAACUUUGUCAAAAGGGGAAAACCAUACAGGCAAUCCUCACCUGCUAUCCACAAUCGGUCGUUAAACAUGAUAGAAAAUGGUAAAGGACCAUGCCAACUUACAACAUCAGUUCUGGCUGCAGUCAUUAAAUGAAUUGUGUCUGCUUAUUAAUCACGACAUCAUGUGACUGCAAUUUCCAGUUUCCUUUUGGCAUCCCUAUUGAAGUUGCUUGUUGCAGUGUUUGUAUUGUAAUGAAUAGAGGGUUAGGGUUAGUUAAUUAAGGAGAUUGAAAUUGAAGAAAAGUAUCCAGCAAAUGAAUUGUUGAAUGAAACAGAACUGAACAUGUGAAAGUGUUUUCAUAGUACAUAAUAUUUAUAUGUGACGAACUGCUUCCUAAGGGCAGUCCUAGCUACAGGUAGUUCUUGACUUAUGACCAUUUGUUCAACAACCAUUAGAAAUUACAAUGGUGCUGAACAAUGGUGCCUUUGUGGAUAGAAAAUGUGAGUAUAUUUUCCAGUGCUCACAAAUGCACUAUUUAUAUAUAAUAUAAAUAAUAUGUAUUAUUUAUAACAUAUAGGAAAAUUGAUUAAGAAUUAAUACACAUCUUUGACUAAAAUAGUAUUUAAAAUAUAAAGUAUUACAAGGCAACUAACUUAUUACAGAUAAAUCUAACUUAUUGACAAAUGUGUUUUCCCGUUUUGUACUCGACACAAUCUUCUUAUAUAUUAGUUUAGUGUCAUCGGAUCAAGUCUGGCCCUGAUUAUCAUCUGGGCAAAUGUCCUCCAUUUUGACCAAUCCCUAGUGGCAAUCUCAAAGUUUCGUAUGGACUUUUCAGUUAUCGCUGAUCAUUUCAUCCAAUUUAUCCAUUGUCUUUACCUCCCGCAGCCUGCCAUGGGUAUGCAUUUUACUUGUGUUUAAAUCCCAGUGAAAUCAGGGGGAAGAUAAUCUCUAGAUCAAAUUUGGAGACUUUAAGACUGGUGGACUUCAACUCCCAGACUUCCUCAGCCAGCAAUUCUGGGAGUUGAAGUCCACAAGUCUUUAAAGUUGCCAAGUUUGGAGACCCUCUGCUCUAGACCGCAUGAUCAGGACAUCACUUAAACCUUGAUUGAGGCCUCCAGUCAAGUGGACUUCUUCAGGUGCAGAAAGUCAAAAUGCAUCUGCUUGGAUGAGGCUUUUGCAAGGAUAUUUCAGUUCAGGUGCUCUUCCAAAGCUUUGUACAGCUCUACAAAUUUUAACUGUCCUAUCCGGAUUGUGGUCAAAAUUCCAAAGUCCUUGCUCUAUUUGCCAGUGUACACUUUUCACUCUGUUCAAUCUGUUUACUCAUUACAAAGUUAGUUAAUGUAACCUGUGACUUUUAAAAAAAUCAGGGUAGCACCUACCAAAUGUUUCUUUGCAAUAAAUGUCUGAAAACAAAAUUAUUGUAUUUACUGAGAAUUAUCAAAGAGGCUGAUGUUUAUUAGAUGAAAAUAUUUAUAAUGGAUAGUUUGUGCUAAAUGUUACACUUGUAUUUUGAGGUUCUCUUAUUGGAAAAGCUGCUGUUUACCCAGGCAGGCUAAUAGCUAACUAUGAAUAGGCAAAAUCUUGAAUUAGACUUGAUAUCUGGGCAUACAAUUGCAAAGUAAUACAGUUUUGGUGCAAGCAGAAAAACAACCAGAAAAACAAUUUAUCUAUGCCUUAACA